GAGUCGGAAACUUCAGUGGAGUUAUUGGCAUCUUUUAUUAUAAAAAUAAUAAUUCAAAACAAUUAAAACAUCUGCAGCGUCCCCCUUUCGAUUUGCGCUCUGUUUUUGUUCAUUUGCCCUUUUCCUCAAAUCAGAGUUGCUUUUUUUGUUUUCCCCAACCGCUUUCCGGGAAAUGGGAAAAGUUACUAGCUGGUACCCAGGGUGGCAUUUCGCUUUGCUCGCCGCUCGGACCUGGCUUUUGAUCCUUACUUUUGGCUUUAUCGGAGCAGACAUCACUUGCCGAUCGUGCCGCUGGCAGGUGCAGCUACAGCUGCAGCCACCAGCCCGAGGAUUAUUAAUGAACUUGAGGACGGCACGAGGAGGCGAUGGGGCCGGAGAGAUACCUGUGGAUAAAAGAGGUGAGGAGCCCGCGAAUCGCAGGCAAGAGGCGGCGGAUGCCGGCAGUCCGAUCUCGGCUGCUUCUGUCGGGGAGAAACGUGUCGGCAUGGGAUCAAAGGGUUGGAUGGGACCGAGCAAAGUAACCGGCGAUCUGCAAGAAUUUUCCCCGAUCCGACCCAGACACUCUCCUCCGGAUGUUGGCAGGCCCACCCGCAAAAAGUUAGCCUCGGCUGCCGCUCUGUUUCCAGCGAGAAGCGGAGGGCGUCGAGGGGCCAGUUCGGAGGCCAGCCGGAGGUCCGGAUCGACGCUCCUGAGCCGGCGAAGAAAGAAUAACCGGCACGAUCGGACUAGGCGGUCGAGUCGGAAACCCAGAGGAGCUCCGGCUGAAAGAGACGCGCCGCUGGAGAGCAGGGCGCGGGCAGCGUCGGAGCAACUGCUGGCAAAAGCCACGCGCUUCCGACAGGAAGAAUUCAAAUUGACAAGCACGACCUUUGCUCUCACUGGAGAUUCGGCGCAUAACCAAGCCAUGGUGCACUGGUCGGGCCACAACAGCAGUGUUAUUUUAAUUCUGACAAAGUUGUAUGACUACAACCUGGGGAGUAUCACAGAGAGCUCACUGUGGAGGUCAACUGAUUAUGGGACAACAUAUGAAAAGAUGAAUGAUAAAGUGGGCCUGAAGACCAUUUUGAGCUACCUUUAUGUCUGCCCAACAAAUAAGCGUAAGAUUAUGUUGCUUACGGAUCCUGAGAUUGAAAGCAGCCUGCUGAUCAGUUCUGAUGAAGGAGCCACCUAUCAAAAAUACCGGCUGAACUUCUACAUCCAUAGCAUGCUCUUUCAUCCCAAGCAGGAGGACUGGAUUUUGGCAUACAGUCAGGAUCAGAAGUUGUACAGUUCAGUUGAAUUUGGAAGAAGAUGGCUACUUCUACAAGAAUCCAUAACCCCAAAUAGAUUCUACUG